GUGCGUCACCCAGUCAUCUGUGUCAACAGCCAUGUAUUCUGUUCUAUUUGUAUUGAAGUGUGGCUGAAGAACAAUAAUCAGUGCCCAGCUUGCAGGAUUCCCAUCACACCUGAAAAUCCUUGCAAGGAAAUUAUAGGAGGAACAAGUGAAAGUGAUCCUAUCUUUAGCCCGACAGUCAGAAAACACCUACGUAAAACAAGGCUUGAAUUGCUCCACAAAGAAUAUGAGGAUGAAAUAGAAUCCCUGCAAAAAGAAGUGGAAGAUCUGAGAGGUAAAAAUCUCAGUUUACAGACACAGCUGAAAUCUCUUCUGGAUCCUAUGGCAUCAGCUUUGUCUUGCCAAAAUGAGGAAACUAGCCAGUCAUCAAAUGAAGCAAGUACCAGUGGCCCAGAAAUCCCAGAGGAAUGGAGCAAAAAGCUGAAAGCUGCCAGUGAUAUGUAUGAAAAAGUGAUGGAUAACAUGGAAAAGCUAAAGGAGGCAAAUAAGAAACUGAGCACGGAAAACAGUAGCCUUUUGAGAGAGAAUUUGCGACUGAAAGCUGAAGUUGAUAAUAGAUCACCCCAAAAGUUUGGUAGGUUUACAAUAGCUGCACUUCAGUCCAAAGUAGAACAAAGUGAACGUGAAAUGAACCGUCUAAAAAAGGCACUGGAAAGAAGUGAUAAAUACAUAGAAGAAAUUGAGUGUCAGCUUUUACAGCUGAAAAAUGCAGCCAAAGGAUCCCAGACAGUGAGCGCUGUUAGUGAGAGAGCACUUUCCACAGAUGCUAAAGGAGCUGAGAGCAGUGAAGAUGCAACAUGUUUGAAAGCCCAAGUUGAGGAAAAAAAAUCUUUGACUACCAAUCAAAGUCCUGACAGUCUUGAACAGCUGACAAGUGGUGAAACUAGUUCAAGCUCUUCUAGUCAAGAGGGUUCAAAUGGCUCAAAUACCCAGUGUGCCUCAAAGAAAAAACUAUUUCCAGGGUGUCAUGGGGUUCUCCUGGAUGAAAACACUGCAAAUAUGGAUGCCUGCUUAGAAGAGCAGUGGAAUAAAAUUGAGGAAUGUACCCCAUAUAAGGAUGAAGAACUUUACGAUCUUCCACCACCGUGCACUCCUUUUCUGUCUCUCAGUCGCCUUCAAUUGAACACUCCUGAUGGAAAAGAAAAUGCGAGGAAACCAGCAGUAUUCCUGAGAAAACUGAAAUUUGAAGAGUUUUGUGAUACUGCAGAUGAUUGCAGCAAAGAUUCUCCUGAACACAGCACAAGCAGCUGUAAUAGCGAAAAGAAGCUUAACUGUUUUACUACAGGAAAAUCAGGGUUUUGGGGGACCUGCCCCACAAAUUUUGCUGAGAACUUAGAUUUUGAUGAGUCAGAGCAAAAUUCAGUAGCUGGUCAGUCAGAUGAGACAUCAGGAAAGUCCAGUGAUAAAAUAAAUUCUUGCUUACCUAAGAGGUUGCAUACCCUCUGCUCUUCUGAAAUGAAUCGCACAAGAACCUCCAGUGAGGCAUCUAUGGAUGCUGCCUACCUCGAUAAAAUUUCAGAGUUGGACUCAAUGAUGUCUGAGUCAGACAACAGCAAGAGUCCAUGCUAUAAUUUCAAGUCCUCCGAUCUUGAUAACUCUUCAAAGUCAACAGAGUGCUCUAAGCUUCUGAAUGGAACUGAGAAGAAACUGGAAGAGAUGAAUGAGGAACAGAGUAUGAAGUGUCCAGAGACAAGCGAUCCAGCAGUUGACAGAACUGGCUGGAAACGUGCUGUGUUUUCCAUGCUCUCCCCAUCUGAGCUAGAUAUGAAUGACCACUUUCCACUGUUCACAGGCCAAAACGCAGUGGCUAGUGAUGUCAAACCUCCAAACUGUUCAUUUCAAAGAGACUUUUCCCAGAGUUCACUAUUCAGUAACUCACAAAGGUUGUUUGAGGAACAAAAGUUCGGUUCCUGCUUUUUAAAGAUGCCAUCUGACCUGCACAGUCAACUUAAUCCUCCUUGGGUGUCUUCCUUUGUAGCUGAAAGGAAAAAUAAAAAUGUCAGUCAGUCAACCAAGAGGAAAAUUCAAAGCAGCCUUUCCAGUGCUAGUCCAUCAAAAACCACCAAAAACUAACACUGCUUGGAAAUUGAACUUGACUCAAAGUCAUCAACCUGCCAAUGUUUAAUAUUUACAGGUGAACUUAAUGACUUCCAUGCAAUCCAAUCUGUGUGAAAACUGAACAGUCCCUUGCCCAUUACAAGCUUUUUCCUAGG